ACAGCGACUAAAAACACUUUUAACGUUCAGCUUUUAUGCUUUGGUGUUUUUGUCGAUUUUUAAAGAUUUUAAUUACAAUUUUCAAGGAAUUCAGGCCAACACUAGUUUUUAAUGAGAAAACAGCUUUUUAGCGGUGGAGAAAAGAUGGAAGUGAAAACUGAUUUGGAUCUCAGCGGUAAAUUAAUUAUUAAAGUUCAGUUUGGGGAUGAUAUUCGUCGAAUUCCUAUACACAACGAAGCUAUUACUUAUGAUGAAUUAGUUCUAAUGAUGCAACGUGUUUUUAGGGGCAAAUUAAGUGCUAAUGAUGACAUUACAUUAAAAUAUAAAGAUGAAGAUGGUGAUCUUGUAACAAUUUUUGAUAGUACAGAUUUGUCAUUUGCAAUUCAGUGUAGUAGAAUUUUAAAACUUCAAGUAUUAUUAAAUUCUGAGAUAAAAAAAGAGUACGAAGGAAUUACACAGACUGAAGUAGUAAACUUGAAAAAACAAAUUAAAACAAUUCGUGAUCAAGUUAAUAAGCUUUUGGACAUUUUGGAUAAUGUGAAACCAAUGAAAAGUAGUUUAACCUUACAAGAUCCGUCAGAGUCAGCUUUAGAUUCAAGCCAGUCCAGUAAUACACUAAAUAAAGUAAAUUCUAGUGAGUUUGAUCCACUACAGGAAAAGAGUCAGAAAAAUGGAACUGAAGAACAAAAGGAACCUUCCAAACCAUCUACUCCACAAAUUAGCAGUGAAGGUUCUAAUUCGAGGCCCCAGUCUGCUUCAAUGAUCCCUUCAAGUAAUCAAGUCAGUGGGCCACAACAGCCUCCUGUUCCGACUUCUGCUGCAGCCAAUCCACACAUGAGUGAUUAUUUUGCCAGAGGUUCUCUAAGCAUGCAGUACCCAGGCCUUGGGGGAUAUCCCCAACAGUACAAUUUUCCGUCAACUGGGUAUGUUCCGAUACGUUCCCCAAGUGAUGGACAGUUCCCAAGUUCCAAGUUCAAACGCGUAUACAAACCCACCCCAAGGUAGCAUACCGUACCCAACUCAGCAGCAAUACGGCCACCCACCGGCCAGUGUAGUUUAUCCACCCACGGGUGGUCAGGGCAACCCUUACUCUAAAGCAUUCUCUCAGCCAAAUCCUCAACAACACGGUUAUAUGCCUCCGCGUCAAUAAUAACCUGCCAUCUAACGG